AUGGCAUUCGCAUCACGAGCAUUUCUUAAAUCGGUAGAGGGAAAGGUAUUCCUGAACAACAAGUGGGUCACCCCCGCCUCCAAAGCCGUCUCCUCCCUCUACAACCCCUACGAUAACUCCCUCGUCUCCUCCGCCCACGCCAUCGGCAACCAGCACGACGUCGACACCGCCGUCUCCUCCGCCCGCACUGCCUUCCACGGCCCCUGGUCCAAAUUCACAGGUGGCCAGCGCGGCGCUGUGCUCAACAAGUUCGCAGAUCUGCUCGAUGCCAAUGCUGAAGAAGCCGCGUUCUAUGAGUCCAUUUGCUCUGGGCGCGUGCGCUCGCAGCUGAAGUACGAAGUCCCGUUUAUCAGUAGUAUAAUAAGGUAUUACGCGGGUUGGAGCGACAAGAUCGAGGGCGACGUGCUGAGCGAUGACGCGGAUGGGUUCUACAAGAUAAUACGGCGGGAGGCGCUAGGGGUUUGUGCGGGGAUCACGCCGUGGAAUGGGCCGUUGAUGGUGUUUGCGCUGAAGGCUGCACCCGCUUUAGCGACCGGUAACACGUUUAUAUUGAAGCCGCCGGAGAAAAGCCCGCUGAGUUCGCUGUUUGCGGCGAGUCUGCUGCCUGCUGCUGGAUUGCCGGAGGGCGUGCUGAACGUGGUCACGGGGGAUGGGAGUACGGGUGCGAUGCUAGCGAGCCAUAUGAAGGUGGAUAUGGUUAGCUUCACGGGGAGUGUGCCUACUGGGAAGAAGAUUGCGGAUGCGGCGAACAACAGCAAUAUGAAGAGGUGUGCAUUGGAGCUGGGAGGGAAGAGCCCAGCACUCGUGUUUCCGGACGCGAAUAUCAAGAAGGCGAUUCCAGAACUGGUGCGGGGCAUUACGCAGAACGCUGGACAGGUCUGCGUCGCGUCGAGCAGGGUGUAUGUGCAUGAGGAUAUCGCGGACGAGCUUAUUGCUGGGAUAAAGGCAGGCUUUGAGGCGAUUUCGGUUGGAGAAGAUCCCCAAGAUCCGUCAACGACUUUUGGGCCGGUCGUGGAUCCGGUGCAGUACCAAAAAGUGAACGAGUUUAUCGAGAAGGGUAAGACGGAAGCAACGCUCGUUACGGGUGGGGAGAAGUAUGAGAAGGGAGGAAGUUAUGUUACACCCACCGUCUUCAAGAUCACCGAUGCGAAUGCGGCGGUAUACAAGCAGGAAAUAUUUGGACCUGUUCUUGUUGUGAGGACGUUCAAAACGGAGGAGGAAGCUGUGGACAUGGCAAACGAUUCGGAAUUCGGACUAGCCGCCUACCUCUGGACGGAAGACCACCGUCGUAUCCUCAGGGUUACGAAGCAGUUACAGGCCGGACACAUUGGUGUAAACGCAGGCGUUGCGCUCUUCCCUACCGCGCCGUUUGGCGGGUAUAAGAGCAGUGGUGUAGGCAAAGAGAUGGGAAAGCUCGCCCUGCAAGACUACACAAACGUGAAAUCGAUUUACAUUAGGUGA